CGUUUACUUGAAGGCUAGAAGCGUCAACCGCCCAAUUAUCAAAGCGGGUUUUCAAGAUAAUUUAUGGAUCAGCAAUAACUUGCUCGCUCUGUAUUCAAAAUGCCAUGGAGUUGAUCAUGCACGCCACUUCUUUGAGGAAAUGCCAUGCAAGGAUGUUGUGUCCUGGUCUGGAUUGUUGUCUGCUUAUGUCAAAGAUGGUUGCUACGAGGAAGCUCUUGAGCUGUAUGAUUUGAUGAAGUCUUCUGGGGAAUGCCCAAAUGAGUAUACACUUUCGAUUGUGAUCAGGGCCUGCUCAGCUCUUCGGGAUCGUAACCAAGGAACUAAAGUCCAGGCAUGUGCAAUAAAGAGUGGUUUUGAUUCAAAUCCUGUUUUAACUAGCAGUUUGAUUGAUUUGUACUCUAAAUGUGAUAACAAAGAAGCAGCACAUAAGAUAUUCAUGAAUAUGCGGAAUGGUGACACUGUUUCUUGGACGACUAUGAUCUCUUCAUUUGUCCAAGAGGGGAGCUGGAUUACUGCGCUGAGACUUUUCAUAUGCAUGAUCAAACGAGAAAUUCAACCAAAUGAAUACACGUAUGCAAAAAUUUUGAGCGCAUGUGGUGGUCUUACUUGUUUAAAUUCUGGGAGAUUAAUCCACGCCAGGAUGUUAGUCUUGGGCAUUCGGCUGAAUUUAGUUUUGAAGACAGCUCUUACUGACAUGUAUGCAAGAUGUAAGAGAAUGGAAGAUGCUAUGAAGGUCUCAAAGCAAACUCUUGAGCAAGAUACAGUUCUAUGCACGACACUAUUGAGUGGCUUUUGCCAUAACUUGGAGAUCAAGGAGGCUGUUGAUGCAAUAGAGCAGAUGAUGGCCCAUGGGAUCACUCCAAAUAGUUAUACAUAUGCUGUAGUCUUGAAUGGCUGCUCAUUAGCUCUGACAUUGCAACUGGGGAUACAAUUUCACUCAAGGGUUAUUGAGAUUGGCUUGGAAAAUAAUGUUUCUGUUGGAAAUGCACUCAUUGAUAUGUAUUUGAAAUGUUCUGGUGGAAUAAUCGACGCUUUUAAAGUAUUUGAACAAAUAAGGUCACCAAACAUCAUCUCUUGGACUUCCUUGAUUUCUGGCUUUGUUGAACAUGGUCUUGGAUACGAGGCUUUUCAAGCAUUUGAAAAGAUGCAGUUUGCAGGGAUAAUGCCAAAUUCUUUUACCUUGUCCAGUAUCCUUCAGGCUUGUGGAAUGAUGAAAUCUGCAAAUCAUACAAGAAGAUUUCAUGGAUACAUAAUCAAAAUGAACAUUGGCCAUGAUAUAGUUGUGGCGAAUGCUCUUGUUGGUGCCUAUGCUGGACUCCAUAUGGUUGAUGAUGCAUGGCGUAUAAUAGGUGAAAUGCAUCAUAGAGAUGUUAUCACAUAUACAAGCAUAGCGAGCAAACUUAACCAAUUAGGACUUUUUGAAAUGGCUUUGGAAGUGAUCAGUUACAUGCAAGAAGAUAACAUUGAGAUGGAUGGGUUUACCCUGUCCACUGUCUUGUCAGCAUCAGCCAGCCUAGGUGCAAUACCACAGGGGAAGCAACUUCAUUGUUAUGCUAUUAAAUCUGGCUUCAGUGGCUGGACCUCAGUCUCAAAUGGUUUGAUUGCUUUUUAUGGCAAAUGUGGGUGCAUGCAUGAUGUAAAGAGAGCCUUUGAUGAAGCUUGUCAGCCAGACGUAGUCUCAUGGAACAGCUUGAUUUUCAGCCUAGCAGUUAGCGGUCAUGUCUCCUCUGCUCUCUCCACUUUUGAAGACAUGAAGUUAGCAGGAGUUAGACCUGAUUCCACAACAAUAUUGGCGGUUCUAUCUGCUUGCAGACGUUGUGGUUUGGUUGAUAUGGCUUUAGAAUAUUUUCAUUCUACUAGAGAAGCAAAUGAUGCAGUCCCAGAAUUAGAGCAUUACGUUUGUUUAGUUGACCUACUAGGCAGAGCUGGCAGGAUGCAGGAGGCAAUGGCUAUAAUAGAGACAAUGCCUUUCAGGCCUGAUGCAUUGAUCUACAAAACAAUGUUGAAUGCCUGCAAAAUACAUUCAGAUGUACCCCUUGGUGAAGAAAUGGCAAGUCGAGGUCUUGAACUUGAACCUUGUAAUCCAGCAUUUUAUUUGCUUCUUGCAGACAUGUACGAAAACUCCGGCAAAUCUGACCUAAGAGAGAAAACCUGCGGCAUGAUGAAAGAGAGAGGCAUAAUACAGAAAGAUUAUAGUAAUAGCUGGAUGGAGAAAAGCAACAAGGUCCCACUAUUAAUUGCUGGAGAUGUACCAUCUUAACAUGAUACCUGAACAUAGCAUACAGAAUGUAGAGCUAAAAUGGUAUUCAUACUAAAGCUCAUGAGAAUCCUAAUCUCAGAGUCUCGGAUUGGAAAUGGCAUGUGGUCUUCUUUACAACAGGCACCAGCUUCAGUGUUAAUGAGGUGAAGGUCCCCGUAAAGCUGACUGGAUGGGGUAUGAGCAAGAUAAGGAAAUGAACCAAUUGUGACCGAGCUGCUUUCAGAAUUCAGAUAGAAAGAUGUUUUUGCUUCAUGCCAUGCUGAAAAGAUACAUUCUAACUGGCAAGUAACUUUUUUUCUUUUUUUUUGUAGAUUCAAGUUCAUAUAACCGUCUCUAUUGUCAUUUUUCAGAGUUUCUCUGUUUAAAAAACUGUACUAGCUGGAGGAGAUUCUUUGACAACUAGUCAACUACAGUGAGGAGGUGAAGGAAUGUUAGCUAGCAGAAAUUUCGGCUUUCGGACCAAUGGCAACAACUCGUUUUUCAUUUACUUUGGAUUGAGGGAUAUGGUCGAUUUGGGUUUGAGAUUCUUAUCCAAAUCCUUUAUAUAUCUGGUUUCCCAAUAGGUAUCUGGAAUUCUGGACUUGAAAUCCAACAUAAAAUUCAGAGGGAUUUUGGGAGUUUAAAAUUUCUCGAUUUCAAAUUCUUCCAUAUAGAUGUCAUUACCAUUCUCAAUCUUAGACCUUUCUCGUUUAAGAUGUAUUUUCUUGUAGCCUACUGUUCUGUGAGCAUGUACAAAUCAGGGAAAAAAUGGCCGGCGGCCAUUGUUGCCUGACAACGACAGAACAGCUAGGUGUAGACUAAGGAAAGGGCUAGAAUUUGAGUGCCUCAAUAUUUGGUGGAUGCGUGUGUGAUACAGAAGUUGUGUUGGCAAUUAUUGCUAUCGCCAUGCAGGAAAGGCGAAAAGCGCCAGAGACUGAAGCAGCGCAGCUGAAACGGUGGAAGGCUUCUUUGCCCCUGAAUGUGUUCAUUUCCUACCCCAAUAUUUUUGUAAAUUCUAAAUUCUCCUGUAAAUAAUGCAUUCAAUUUGGAAUAUUUUCCUACAUCCAAAUUCACAA